AUGAGUGAACUCCACUUUUUGACCCCUGCGGGGUCCUCGGAACUCCAGGUAAACAGAAGCUCUCAGUGCUCCCUAGAGGAGGUUCCUGCAGCUGCUUCUAAGCCUCGACACAGCCUGGGCAUUCUCCAUGCCUCCUACAGUGUCAGCCAGCGCGUGGGGCCCUGGUGGGACAUCGCGUCUCGUCGACAGAAGUGGACCAGGCAGAUCCUCAAGGAUGUCUCCUUGUACGUCGAGAGUGGGCAGAUCAUGUGCAUCUUGGGGAGCUCAGGCUCGGGGAAAACCACCUUGCUGGACGCCAUGUCCGGGAGGCUGCGGCGCACGGGGACCCUGCUCGGGGACGUGUUCGUGAACGGCCGGGCGCUGCGCAGGGAGCAGUUCCAGGACUGCUUCUCCUACGUCCUGCAGAGCGACACUCUGCUGAGCAGCCUCACGGUCCGCGAGACGCUGUGCUACACGGCGCUGCUGGCCAUCCGCGGCGGCUCUCAGGGCUUCUUCCAGAAGAAGGUGGAGGCAGUCAUGGCAGAGCUGAGUCUGAGCCACGUGGCAGAUCGGCUGAUUGGCAACUACAACUUUGGGGGAAUUUCCCAUGGUGAGAGGCGCCGGGUCUCCAUCGCAGCCCAGCUCCUCCAGGAUCCCAAGGUCAUGCUUUUUGAUGAGCCAACCACAGGCCUGGACUGCGUGACUGCAAAUCAGAUCGUUGUCCUCAUAGCAGAGCUGGCUCGCAGGGGCCGCAUCGUGAUCCUUACCAUCCACCAGCCCCGCUCCGAGCUCUUCCAGCUCUUUGAUAAAAUUGCCAUUCUGAGCUGCGGAGAGCUGGUUUUCUGCGGGACACCGGUGGAGAUGCUUCAUUUCUUCAGUGGCUGCGGUUACCCUUGUCCCGAACAUUCAAACCCUUUUGAUUUUUAUGUGGACCUGACAUCAGUGGAUACCCAAAACAAAGAACGGGAAAUAGAAACCUACAAGAGAGUCCAGAUGAUUGAAUCUGCCUACAAAGAAUCAGCAAUGUAUCGUAAAACCUUGGAGGAUAUUGAAAGAACAAAACACCUGAAAACAUUACCAGUGAUUCCUUUCAAAACCAAAGAUUCUCCUGGAGCCCUUUCUAAACUGUGUGUUCUCUUGAGGAGAGUGACGAGAAACUUAAUGAGAAAUAAGCUGGCGGUGACUAUGCGUCUCACUCAGAAUCUGAUCGUGGGUUUGUUCAUCGUUUUCUUCCUUCUACGGGUCCAGAACGACGUGCUAAAGGGUGCCAUCCAGGACCGUGUGGGUCUCCUGUACCAGUUUGUGGGCGCCGUCCCGUACACGGGCAUGCUCAACGCUGUGAACUUGUUUCCUGUGUUGCGAGCCGUCAGCGAUCAGGAGAGCGAGGAUGGCCUGUACCAGAAGUGGCAGAUGCUGCUAGCCUACGUGCUGCAUGUGCUCCCCUUCAGUGUCAUUGCCACCAUGAUCUUCUGCAGCGUGUGCUACUGGACUCUGGCCUUAUACCCUGAGGCUGCAAGAUUUGGAUAUUUCUCUGCUGCUAUCUUGGCCCCCCACUUAAUUGGUGAAUUUCUAACUCUUGUGCUACUUGGUGUGGUCCAAAACCCAAAUGUGGUCAACAGCAUGGUGGCCCUGCUCUGCAUUGCUGGGGUGCUUGUGGGCUCUGGAUUCCUGAGAAACACAGAAGAAAUGCCCCUUCCUUUUAAAAUCUUCAGUUAUUUUACAUUCCAAAAAUAUUGCUGUGAGAUUCUUGUAGUCAAUGAGUUCUAUGGCCAGAAUUUCACUUGUGGCAACUCAAAUGGUUCUAUGUCAACUAAUCCAAUGUGUGCCUUCAUUCAAGGAAUUCAGUUCAUUGAGAGAACCUGCCCAGGUGCAACGUCCAGAUUCACAGCCAACUUUCUGAUUUUGUAUUCAUUUAUCCCAGUUCUUGUCAUCCUAGGAAUAAUUGUUUUUAAAAUCAGGGAUUAUCUCAUUAGCAGAUAG